AUGGAUGAGGGUUCGGAUAUAAAAGGCCCUCGCCGGAAAAGGGUCUCGCGCGCCUGCGAUCGCUGUCGCACGAAAAAGGACAAAUGCGAUGGAGCACGUCCGUCAUGCUCAGCCUGCAAAGCGUCCGGCCAGACUUGCUCCUACGACCCCAAUGCGAGGAAGCGCGGGCUGCCCGAGGGAUAUGUGCGAGGACUAGAAAAACUAUGGGCGCUGUCAAUUUGCAACAUCGAAGGAUUUGAAGAAACAAUGCUGGCCUUAAUCGGUGCCACGGAUCGCUCAAAGGGCCGACGCGAUCGUCUGAUGCAGCUGUGGACUGAUGAAGCUGCUUCGGAUAAUCUGCACGACGUGUGGAAGACAAGUCGUCUGUGGGGAGCUUUGGAAAAGAUGUUGUCCCCGGGAGACAUAGACUCACAAUCGCCAGCGAAAAGGCCACGCGAAGAAGAAGACGAUGGCUCAUAUUUGGGAGCAUCAAGCCAGUGGGGGUUUCGCGUUGGCCGUGACCCAGGUUCCGUUGGAGUAGCCGGCCCCAGAGUUGUCGACCCAUCAUCAUUGUCCCCAAUAGCCAAGAAGCCGAGAUUAUCAUCAGCUGCCGAGAGCAGUUUGCCUGGAAAAAUACAAAAUGUUCAGGUUUUGCCAUUGCCGCCUCACACUUCGGGUUUAAUCGAAACGUAUUUCUCACAAACACAUCCAUGGUUUCCAAUCAUCCCAAAACAUAACAUGCUCCGUGCUUCUUACUUGUACGCGAAUGGCGCACCCCACCUGGGGAACACACCGACAAACUCAGGAGAUCAUGCCGCUCUCUGGGCAAUUUUAAGCUACACAACGGGCCAGCAACAUUCGGGCGUGAAUCCACAUGAUACUUUCAUACAUGACCCAUUAGCCCAGUCCCGGGAGUACUAUAAGAUAGCGCGCGGCCUUAUUCCUUCUGAAAAGGAGCGGUUUGAUCUUGGGCAUGUACAGGCUCUGUUGCUGCUCACGCUGGUAAAUGUAGGGUUUGAAGACUGGACUGCGGCGUGGCUGUUGAGCGGACAAGCCGCACGAAUGGCCGAAGCCAUGGAGUUAUCGAAGACUUUAGAUUCUCGCAGGUCGGACGAAUCGCGCCAAAGAACAGCCGUUUAUAUGGGAUGUUUUAUCAUUGACUCCAUACUCUCUGUCCGUCUUUCGAGAUCGCCUUGUCUGAGAGGGAUCGACCUAGCACUAGCGGGACGCCUAGAAGAAGAUGGCCUCGAAGAAUGGAAUUCUUGGGUUGACGUGCUACCCUCCCGCGCUGCCUUUGAGAGCAGAAACGCACCACCGCGCGGCCCCUUACUGGCUCUCAGCUACUUUAAUCGUUUGUUUGAAUUAACCAGCGUGCUAAAUAGAAUUGCUUGGGAUUUUCCGCAAGCUACAAAUGCCCAUGUCUUCAUUCAAAAAAUACUGCUUGACCUCAGAGCACUUGACGACCAGCUUCCGGUAAAUUGCCGUUUGAUUGGCGCCGAAGGGGACGACGCCCAGAACAGAUCCGCUUUGCUCCUCCAUCAAAGCUAUUUCCACCUGACAUAUGCAGCAACGCUCUUGUUUCUCUACACUAGGCAGUUAAGUCAAGGCCAGUUUAUGCAGGGGGUCAGCCAGACUGCUAUGGAUGGAAUCGAGAAAAUACUUUAUCGAACGUUGGACGUUCUAUCGCAUCAUGUGGAGAAUUUCCAAGCAUGUGGGAUUCCACCAUUGAUCGAGUUCCCGCUGCGAUCGAUUUUAGAGUCCGUUUCGUCCGUACGAUCAAAACUGGAGCCAGCUGGAUUCCCCGUCCCUAAGUGGAUAAGUAUCUUUUCUCAGAAGCUCACUGAAGUCUCAUCACCGUGGCCCGUUUUCGGGACACUAAAUGAGACAGUCAGGUCUCUUCUGUUCAAUCCGCCUGAACCAUAUUCCUCAUUGCCGCAAAGACAAGCUGCGAACGCAGAUGUUCAUGCUCCAAACUCUUCUCAGAACCUAGAGUCAAAGGCAUUGCCGUUUGACAACAUAGCCAAAGUCAGCCAUCCUAUUGUCGACCUUGGGUCUCGUUCAGCCAUUGUCCAAAAUCCUGGCUUUAGUACUAGUGUGGCCAAUCCUUUUCCAAUUCCGACAAAUGGUAUAUAUAAGACACCAACAGAACCUGGCGGUGAUAUCAUGACUCUUUCGCCUAGCACAGAACCCACCAGCCAAGAACAAACAGCUGCCCACAUCCUCGAUAAACUGAUGGGAGGCGGCAAACCACCACCGCUACCACCAUCUCAAGCAGAACCUAACAACAUUGGGCAGGUACUCAAUCAACAAACACAAGCAGGGACACCUGAAUCAGCAAUCCUACAGCCUAAUAACAUUGGUCCGAGGGGAUAUAAUAUUGGCCAGCAGCAGCAGCAGCAGCAAGCAGGGGGAUCGUACAUGACGGAGGAAGCAUCGUCAUCACCCAACGACCUGGAUUCAAUAUUUAAGGACCUGGCAUAUAUUGACACAACAGAUUGGGCAAAUAGUCGCCAAGAAGGACUGCGAGAAUUUGGGUUUAUGGAUGAUAACACUUUUCAAGCAUUCUGCCAUGACCCAGACCGGCUGGUUGGGUCACGACCUCUCGUCCUGCCGACGGCCAUGUCAAUUGCAGAUAUUUGGCCCCCGCCGGGAUUUUUCCCAGAGACAUUCCAGGCUGGCCAGAAGAAUGAUACGGGGCCUAGCUGA